AUGGCGAAAGUAAAGCUUCCAAAGCAUAUAUACGAGUUUUAUGCUUCGGGCUCAGAUUCGCAAAGCGCGCUCGCGCGCAACGAGAAUGCAUUCAACAGGCUCUGUAUCCGCCCGCGUGUUUUGAUAGAUGUUUCAAACAUCGACACGUCAAUCGAGAUACUCGGUCACCGAUGUUCCAUGCCAAUCGGUAUUGCGCCAAGCGCCAUGCAGAAACUGGCCGGGGGAAAUGGCGAGCUUGAUAUCGCACGGGCAGCGGUAAAGAUGGGGCUGAAUCUUACUUUAUCCUCCCAAUCCACCACUGCUCUUGAAGAAGUAUCGGGGACUCGCGAACAUGGGUUAAUGGACAGUCUUCCACCCCCUCCAUUUUGGAUGCAGAUUUACCUUUAUGAGGAUGUUCAGAAAAGCAUUGGACUGAUACACCGUGCAGAAGCUGCCGGAUACCAAGCUCUGAUACUUACUGUCGACACUCCCGUAUUGGGCAAUCGGCUUUCAGAGAGAAAAACCGCAGUUGUGUUGCCAGAAGGCAUGGGGCUUCCAAAUCUGGACGCUGCCAAGCCAAAAUCGAAGGCACAGCCUAGCCUGAACAGACAAUUGAUGAAUGCGCGGUCUGCAGCGGAGGCACAAUCCCUCCGUGAUAAGGCAGGAUCCAAAAUGCACAGCUCCAGCUUAACAUGGGAGAAGACAAUCAAUUUUUUGCGGUCGGUCACGAAAAUGAAGAUUAUUUUGAAGGGAAUCAUGACGGGCGAAGAUGCUUUCCUCGCAGUUCAGCAUAAAGUCGAUGGUAUCAUUGUCUCAAAUCAUGGAGGGCGACAACUCGACUCUGCCUCUUCAACCAUCGAAGCUUUGCCUGAGGUUGCGGAUGCGGUCCAAAAAGCGAUUCCUGUCAUAUUGGACGGUGGUGUGAGGAAUGGGGAGGCAGUCUUCAAGUCCCUUGCUCUUGGAGCCGACUUUGUUCUCAUUGGUAGACCGGCACUUUGGGGCCUCGCUUACAAAGGUCAGGAAGGCGUCGAGACCGUUUUUAACAUAAUGGAACGCGAGUUGAACCGCACGAUGGCGCUUGCUGGAACAAGAAAUGUUGAAGAAAUCACAAAAGACAAGAUAGGGGUGAUUGCGAAGCAUGGAUUCGGAGUUUCAAAACUGUAA